UGGGUGACGGAGAAACACCCAGGGACAAACCCGGCCACCCCCAGGCCACCCCGCCCAGGCCCUGCUGUGGGGUGAUUUUUGCACAGGAACUCGAAGGUGUGAGCAUCACCCUGUGGUGUUUGCUGGUGACCACAGCCCAGCCCGAAAUAGACUCCCAGCCCCAGCACCACCGGUGCUCCCACGCCUUCCUCGGGUGUCACGGUGGCCAAAGGGGCUGCCAGGGGGAAUUUCCCCUCACCACUCGCCCUUUACGGAGAGAUCCAAGCGGUUUUUUCCACGGGAAAGGUCUGGAGCUGUCAUGGAAAGCCUGGCAGGGGUUGUUAUAAAUCACACAGGGCUGCAGGCAGCUCCUGGUAGAAUCAGAGCCUCAGGUGGGACAUGAAGAUCUCCUUGGCCCUGCUCAUCCUGCUGCUGGCAGCUGCCUGGACUGGAAGCCAGGGGAUGUCCUUCCGCAGCUCCAGAGGCAGGUGCUGCUCCAAGGAAAAGCUCUACAGCAAGGAAACCCCGGGGCUCAGGAUCCAGGACUACCUGUACACGCCUCCCACCUGCCCCCACAGGGCUGUGCUAGUGAAGCUGCUGAAGGGGAUCUGGGUCUGUGCAGAUCCAGAGAAGAGAUGGUUCCAGGAGUACCUGAAGAAGCAGAAGAAGCCAAACAGCUCCUCCACGUGAAGCUGCCUUCCCCUAAAACUCUAUUUAUUUGUAUCCCCUCAUUCCCUGGGUGGUUUUGUGUCCCUUGUCCUGCUCCGUGCCCUCACACCCUCAGUAAAGUUCCUUGUG